UAUCAACGUGGCACACGGAUUCUGGCAGAAAGUGGAGUUUCGCCCUGAGUCAGCCGGUAAAAACCCCCACCAGCUGCUGCUGGGGCACCGUGGAUAAAGGCCCGCUCGCAGCGCCGACGCUUCAGCGGGAAUUUUCUCUUUCCCCGCUCGAACCUCUUUCCCCGUCCCACACGCAACUCAGAGUCAAAAGCCGCCGCUGAAGUGCGCUGCCGGCUGUGCUCGGCGGCCCGGGCCGGCGCUCCUCGGGGCAGGCUGAGCGCGGCAGGGCCGCUCCCGUUUCCCGCUGCCCCGGCCCGGCCCGCGGCACCGCGGCCCCCUCAUCCCCCGCGCCCGGCACGGGAGAGGCCCGCGGGAGGAGGGCUCGGCCCCCGCCUGCCCACGUCCCCUCCCCGGCCAGCAGGAGGAGGAGAAAGCGAGAGAGGUCCCGACAGAGCGGCUAGGAGCGGGUUCGAGAGAGCCCUCCUCCCCCCGCCCGCCCCCGGAGGGGAAGAGGAAAGGAGAGCCGUGGCGGGCGGCGGACGAUGAUAACUUAGGGCCGUGCCUGCCGUGGGAGCUGCCCGCCCUGCCCGGGUAGGACACCGGGGCGGCAGCGAUGUCCCAGGGCACGGCAGGAGGAGAGGGAGCGCCCCAGGUGCUGCCGGAGGGGAAGGAGAGGCAGAGGAAGAGGAGGCGGAGGAAGAAGAAGGAGAGUAAGACGCGGCUGGUGCGCUCCAGCCUGCUGUUACCUGAGGUCGAGCCGGAGAAGUCCAAGGGGACGAUCCUGGCCUGCAACCGGCUCAAGACCACCAAGUACACGGCAUUGUCCUUCCUGCCCAAGAACCUCUUCGAGCAGUUCCACCGCCUGGCCAACGUCUACUUUGUGUUCAUCGCCCUCCUCAACUUCGUGCCGGCCGUCAAUGCCUUCCAGCCGGAGCUGGCCUUGGCCCCCGUGCUCUUCAUCUUGGCGGUCACCGCCAUCAAGGACCUGUGGGAGGAUUACAGCCGCUACCGCUCCGACAAGGAGAUCAACCACAUGGAGUGCCUGGUGUACAGCAGAACAGAGAAGAAAUAUAUAAGCAGAUACUGGAAAGAAGUGAAAGUCGGAGACUUUGUGCAGCUUCGCUGUAAUGAAAUUAUACCUGCUGACAUAUUGCUGCUCUCCUCAAGUGAUCCUGAUGGGCUGUGCCACAUAGAAACAGCCAACCUGGAUGGUGAAACUAACUUAAAACAAAGACAGGUGGUGAGGAGGUUCUUAGAGCUGGACUCAGAAUUUGACCCCUUGAAGUUCACCAGUGUGAUUGAAUGUGAGAAGCCAAACAAUGACUUAAGUAGGUUUCGAGGUUACAUUAUUCAUAGAAGUGGAAAAAAGGAUGGACUGUUCAAAGAGAAUCUUUUGUUACGUGGAUGUACCGUUAGAAACACAGAAGAAGUUGCAGGAAUAGUAAUCUAUGCAGGGCAUGAGACCAAAGCCUUGUUAAAUAAUAAUGGACCACGUUACAAGCGCAGUAAGCUGGAAAGGCAGAUGAAUGCCGAUGUCCUUUGGUGUGUCCUCAUACUUCUAAUCAUGUGUCUGUUUUCUGCCAUUGGUCAUGGUCUAUGGGUAUGGCAGUAUGGUGAGAAGAAGAAACCAAUUUUUGAUGUUCCAGGGCCCGAUGGCAAAUAUUUGUCACCUGUUUUAGCUUCAGUGUAUUUAUUUCUGACAAUGAUCAUAGUGUUCCAGGUUCUGAUUCCAAUUUCUUUGUAUGUAUCUAUUGAAAUAGUUAAAAUCUGCCAAGUAUACUUUAUUCAUCAAGAUAAAGAUUUAUAUGAUGAAGAAACAGACUCUCAGCUGCAGUGCCGAGCUUUAAAUAUCACAGAAGACUUGGGUCAGGUGCAGUUUAUCUUUUCAGACAAGACUGGGACACUGACAGAAAACAAGAUGGUUUUCCGAAGAUGUACUGUUUCUGGAAUAGAGUAUUCCCAUGAUGAUAACGCCAAACGCUUAGCAAUGUACCAAGAACCUGAUUCAGAAGAAGAAGAGGCAGCCCCAAAAGGAGGAACUCUGUCCCAGCGGGACAGUAUCUGCAGCCAUCAGAGCAUCAAAGUGAUUCACAGGAGCCAGAGCACCAAAACCCAUCGGCGCACGGGGAGCAGAGCUGAAGCAAAAAGAGCCAGCAUACUCUCGAAGCACACUGCAUUCAGCAGCCCAAUGGAGAAGGACAUCACACCUGACCCUAGGUUGUUAGAAAAGGUGAAUGAAUGUGCAAAGCAUCUGGAGGUCAUGAGGAGCCACGAACAGCCGUUGUCCCAUCUGAGUCCAGAACUGUGCGACGUUUUCGACUUCUUCAUAGCUUUGACUAUUUGUAACACAGUCGUGGUUACUGCACCUAAUCAGCCCCGACAGAAGGUUAGAGACCGAUUUGAACUAAAAUCUCCAGUAAAAACCAUUGAAGACUUCAUACGAAGAUUCACUCCAAGUCGCUUGACCUCCGGAUCUAACAGCAGCAGUUCCUCUAGUCUAGCUACAAGCAAAUCAAUGCACAGAUUUGGUCUGAGCACGCUUUCAUCUACAUCUACGGAUAGCACUUUAUUAAAACUGGAAGAGAAGCUGGCAUACUCUGCACAGAUGAAUAACAAUGGCUACAGCUCCCAGCAAGGCAGGACAGCUUUGGGGGGCGCACCUGAGGAAGGAGAACUCCGUUAUGAAGCAGAGAGUCCGGAUGAAGCUGCUCUCGUCUAUGCAGCAAGGGCAUAUAACUGUUCUCUGGUUGGAAGGCUGUCUGACCAGGUAUCAGUGGAGCUACCUCACCUGGGAACCUUAAACUUUGAAGUAUUACAUACGUUGGGCUUUGACUCCGUCAGGAAGAGGAUGUCAGUAGUGGUCAGGCAUCCUCUCACAGAUGAAAUAAAUGUUUACACUAAAGGAGCAGAUUCAGUUGUUAUGGAUCUUCUUCUCCCCUGCUCUUCAGAUGACCCUCGGGGCAAACAUCAAAAAAAAAUACGAAGCAAAACCCAGAAUUACCUUAAUCUUUAUGCUGUAGAUGGGCUGCGGACUCUCUGUAUUGCAAAAAGAGUUCUCAGCAAGGAAGAGUAUGGCUGUUGGUUAAAAACUCAUUUAGAAGCAGAAUCCUCUAUUGAAAAUCGUGAAGAACUUCUGUUUCAGUCAGCACUGCGGUUAGAGAGGAAUCUGCAUCUGCUAGGUGCAACUGGCAUAGAGGACCGUUUGCAGGAUGGUGUUCCAGAAACCAUCGCGAGCUUGCGCAAAGCUGGGUUGCAGAUCUGGGUUCUUACUGGAGACAAGCAAGAAACAGCUGUUAAUAUUGCAUAUGCCUGCAAGCUACUAGAUCAUGAUGAAGAAAUUAUCACUUUGAAUGCUGAAUCACCAGAAACUUGUGCUGUCUUGCUGGAACAGUGUCUGCAAUGCGUAGAGUCUAAAUUUUCAAACAACACAAUAGACGGAGCUACUGGAAGCAUGACUGUUGGGUUCACCCCUCUCUAUCCACCUUCUUCCCCUGUGCUUUCCAGCUUGGGCCUAGUCAUUGAUGGAAGGACUCUAGCUUAUGCCCUGGAACCCACACUAGAAGAUAAAUUUCUUGCACUAGCCAAGCGAUGCCGUUCAGUCCUGUGCUGUCGCUCUACUCCACUUCAAAAGAGCAUGGUAGUGAAACUAGUCAGAGACAAACUCAAAGCAAUGACCUUGGCAAUAGGUGAUGGUGCUAAUGAUGUCAGCAUGAUCCAAGUGGCAGAUGUUGGUGUGGGGAUUUCUGGUCAAGAAGGCAUGCAGGCGGUGAUGGCGAGCGACUUUGCAAUCCCGAGGUUCAGGCACUUGGAGAAGCUUUUGCUUGUUCAUGGCCACUGGUGUUAUUCCCGACUUGCCAACAUGGUGCUGUAUUUCUUCUACAAAAAUGCAAUGUUUGUGGCCCUUCUCUUCUGGUACCAGUUCUACUGCGGGUUCUCUGGCUCAUCAAUGAUUGAUCAGUGGUAUCUGAUCUUCUUUAAUUUAUUCUUCUCUUCUCUUCCACAACUGGUUACUGGUGUGCUGGAUAAGGAUGUGCCAGCUGAAGUGUUAAUUGCUGUACCUCAGCUUUAUAAAAGCGGACAGAAUAUGGAGGAGUACCAACCACACAUGUUUUGGAUGAACAUGAUUGAUGCUAUGUAUCAAAGCCUGGUUUGCUUCUUCAUCCCCUAUUUUACUUACUAUGAUUCAGAGGUGGAUAUCUUCUCCUGGGGAACUCCCAUCACCACAAUAGCUCUUUUCACCAUCAUCCUGCAUUUGGCUAUUGAAACCAAAACUUGGACUUUUCUCCACUGGUCAUCUUGCAUCUUCAGUAUAAUUUUAUUUUUCUGUGUGGCUCUGGUUUACAAUGCUUCUUGCCCAGUCUGCCAUCCUCCAUCCAAUCCCUACUGGACCAUGGAAAGGCUGAUGGGAGACCCUAUGUUCUAUUUCACUUGCAUUAUAUCACCAGUUGUUGCAUUGCUGCCCAGGUUCCUGUACAGAACCCUUCAGGGAACACUAUUCCCAACCCAGCUUCAGCUUGGACGCCAGCUGAGUAAACUGUCCCCAGAGACUCGUGCCCAGCUCCUCACCAAGUUGAAUGUAAAGGAGACAAUGUGCCAGACACGGCUCUUUGCAGACAGCUUCUCCCCGAGCCUCGGCUCAAACACCAGUGAUUGUUACAAGGCUGAUAACCAAAGCACUCCUUUGCCAGCCUCUCCUCAAACAAGGGAGUCACUUCUCCGAGAGGACACAGAGGCAGACCACAAAACAGAUCAGACUGCGGCUGCCUCUCCCCAGGGUGCUGUGCUGUAUGAGGAAAACAAGCUCCCCUCAUCAGCAGCUGCUCUGGAAAGGUCCAUGGGGUUUCGGGAAGUUCAGUGUGGCACUGCAGAGGUGGAGUCGUUGCCUGUGGGAACAACAUUCCCAUGGAGCUCAGCAGUCGACCAAGCAGACUUCAGUUUGUUGAAGUGGAUCACAUCAACUCCACUGUUCAGUCACAUUGGGACUGUUUUACAGGUGUCAUCAAGCAGUUUACAAAAUGAAGCACAGGACAGUAUGUGUGUGCUUGGCUCUGCUUUGCAUGUGGACUUCAAAGGCUUAAAAGAAGAGAGCUCAAAUAACUUGCAGGACAAAAUGAAAGGAACCCCAACUGAUCAUUGUAAAAAUGACAAUUCUGAGACCACCUUUUUAUGAUGGGCCUUAAAUAUAUUUAUAUAUUUUCUAUUUGCACACAUUUAUAGUGAGAUUACUCUAUUUGUUUCCAAAGGUGAAACAGAAAAUCAAAGGUACAGAAUGAUUAUUUAAGAAUGUUUAAAUACAGUUUAUUAAGAGCUUUAAAUAUAAAAAGAAACACUUGAAAGUUCCAUUUAUAUUGUUUUAUUUUUUCAUCUCAUUUUGUAAAGAAAUGCCUUUUCUUUAUUUUUCAGAUGCUUCUCUUUUAUUCUGACACAUACUGUAAAAGCAAAGGAUCUGUCUUCCAUAUUUGAAAGGAUUAGAUUCAGCAACAAUUACUGAUAUCAUUAUAGGCCAUUCAGUAAUCAAGGAGGAAAAACCAUGAUAAUAAAGAGUCACUGUCAUCUGCUUGCCAGUGUAUUUUGUCACUGAGGCAAAGCUGUGGAAUUAUUAUACACCUCUCUGUAAAUGUUAACAAUAUCUUACCACCGCAUUAAUAAUACUGGUAUUUUAUAAAUGACACCAUGUUCUGAUAUUGCAGCCAUAGCAUUUGAUGUGUCAUGAUAAAACAAUAAAUAAAUGACAUCCAUAUUGC